AUGUCGUCCUUCACAUACUUGAUCUCUGGCGCAUCCCGCUCGCUCGGUCUCGGCUACUCCCGCGCCCUCCUCGCCUCGUCCAACAACGUCAGGGUCAUCGCAGGCGCACGCAACCCCUCCUCGGCGGAUCAGCUUCAGGCAUUGCAGAAGGAGGUCGGGAAGGAGAGGCUCUACAUCCUGAAGCUGGACGUAGAGGAUGCUUCCGCUGUCCAGAACGCCAUCAAGGAGCUCGAGUCGAGCGGCUUCCUCGAGUCGGGAGGCCUCGACGCGCUCAUCAACAAUGCCGGCGUUGCUGUCGCUCCCGAUGCUCCUUCCGCGACCAAGCCCGACCUCGUCAUGCAGAACCUCACGACAAACCUCUUCGGAGUCAUGAACCUCACGGCUGCGUGCCUCCCGCUCUUGAAGAAGGGCAAGGGAAAGCAAAUCUUUGGCGUCUCGUCCAUCUGCGGCUCGCUCGGCGGAUACUUCAGCGACAACUCUCUCGCAACUGCCUACUGCAUUAGCAAAGCUGCCCUCAACAUGUACCUCCGCAAGCUCUCGCGCGAGCUCGAGUUGGACGGCUUCACGGUGGUGCCGUACCACCCUGGCUACGUCAAGACGGACAUGAACAAGGGUCAGGGCGAGCUCACAACCGAAGAAGCCGUCAAACUUGCGGUCGAUAACGUCAUCCUCAAGGUCAGCAAGGAGGACAACGGCAAGUUCUACGACUACAACGGCAAGAUCGUCCCGUGGUAG